GUUGCAUACGGUUGCCCAGUACGAUGGUGAUGGGUAUGUGUAACGGUCCGUCGCGUUGCGUAAGCGUUUAAAAGAGCGAGCGAGACAAAACGGAAGGAAAAACUGUGGUCGGAGGAAUUUCAAUCGUGUCUCGCACUAUCGUCGUCGAACCAAGCGCACUGCCAGCCGCGGAUCAAGAGAUAUGCCGAAGAGUGGAGUCGAGUAUUGUUAAAGCUACAAAGGAUGCAACUGGAUUUUCCAUUGAAGGAUCGGUAACGAACGAGGAGCAACAGCAGCAGCAGCAGCUUGUCACAGAGAAAAUGUCGCCGAUAAAGACCAACAAUGGUUCACUGGGGAACACAACGACUCCCAUGCUCAGUCAUUUGAAGUACGAGCAUUUCGUCGCCGGUAUAUCAGGCGGUGUAAUCUCAACAUUGAUGCUGCACCCGUUGGAUCUGAUCAAGACCAGGUUCGCAGUACAGGAUGGUCAUUCGCGCAGUGGUCCGCAAUACCAAGGCCUCAAAAGCGCGAUCGUACAAAUUGUUAAGACUGAGGGUGUGCAAGGACUUUACAAAGGUGUGACACCCAAUGUUUUAGGAUCUGGCGGUGCGUGGGGUUGCUACUUUUUUUUCUACAACACCAUUAAAGGUUGGAUCCAAGGAGGAAACACUAAAAAACCUUUGGGUCCUUCGUGGCAUAUGUUCGCCGCAGCCGAUGCUGGAAUUCUUACCUUACUUAUGACCAAUCCACUUUGGGUAGUAAAGACACGUUUGUGUUUGCAGUAUAGAGACGAUAAGAAUCUUCCAGAAAGGCUUCGAUACAAAGGCACAGCAGACGCAAUCAAAAAGAUUUACAGAACAGAAGGGAUCUAUGGAUUGUACCGGGGUUUUAUUCCUGGAAUGUUUGGCGUCUCACAUGGUGCUAUUCAGUUUAUGGUGUAUGAAGAGUUAAAAAACUGGUACAAUGGUUAUCUGAAUUCUCCAAUUGACACCAAAUUGAACACAGAGGAAUACAUAUUCUUUGCGGCAGUUUCAAAACUGAUAGCUGCAGCUUCAACCUAUCCGUAUCAAGUAGUACGAGCUCGUCUUCAAGACCAUCAUCAUAACUAUAGUGGCAGCAUUGAAUGCGUGCGAGCGAUAUGGAGAUUUGAAGGGUGGCAUGGCUUUUACAAGGGUCUGAGUGCGAACCUAACCAGAGUGACUCCAGCGACCGUAAUCACGUUUGCCGUUUAUGAAAAUGUGUCUCACUAUCUUCAGGAACUCAAACAGAGACACAAGAUUGAGGAAGAAAAGAGACACCUGCCCGUUCUGAUUAAGAAAGUUGAGACUUAAUGUGUAUCCAUGGGAAAUCCUACCGAGGAAAUUCGGUGUCACUGUUAGAUACAACUAGAUUCAGUAUCAGUAUCAGUUUCAGUUUCAGCGAACAAACUAGAACUUCGGUUUUUCCUUAAACCAGUGAACGGAACAUUUGUACUUCUUCGAACGAAUGUAUCUACACACCUGUCCGUCCAUGGGUCGGACGGACACAUAAUAUUUUAACUGAAUCGUGAAAAUUCAGUACGACUACGACGAUGACGACGACGAAACGCAUUUGAAUUCUCAGCGAAUAAUUUAAUUUGUUAAAUAUAUUCAGUAAAUCGUAUUUAUUGAAAUUUCAAUUCCAAGUAGGCAAGACGGAUGAAAUUUUUGCUUACAGUAAUCACCGUGUAUACCGAUCUCUUAUCUGGUGUUGUACACCGCAUUGCUCAUGUAUCGUCACUGUCAAAUUAAGUGUGAAUACAGAGAUCGAAUCCUUAUAACAAGAAAA